GGUACGCUUGUGUGCGCACGCGCAAAUAAUGCGGACAUGUUGACGGGGUUAGUAAGGGGGGCUGGAUGGGUCCAUGGUUAAGUCCUAAGCAUAUACACUAUAGUCACACCCACUCGAUGAGGAGCUGCUCGGGUGGUUUCGGUCAGAAUUUGGGAAACCGCUGCACGCCAAAGAGAGCAGGCGCACCGAAUUCCCAAGAGCCAGAGCCAGAGAUAGGAUCACUAAUUAGGAAUUUCCCCUCUGAAAAGAGAACAACGAUCCGUUUUAAAGUUCCCGUUUCUUUUCCAAAAUGGACGCACAUAAAGUUUUGCAGCGCUUUUUUUCUUGACACGUUCUGAAGCAGCAUAUCCUCUCUGAAAAUCUGCACUUUGGAAAUAAUAGCGGACAAUUGGGAGUAUCAGGGUGUCAGAAGUUUCCAGCAAUGCACCAGUUACAUCCACCAGUGUUUGGAGCGCACAAUAAAAGCAGAAGUUCUCAGGAACUGGGGCUGGACGGAGGGAAUAACACUUUGGUUUUAUAACGUCUGUGCGCCCUCUCCUCCUCUUUUCUCUCCGCUGCCUCAACCUUUGGAGUCUGACUUUACGGAUAAAAUAACUUUCAAACGAUUGAAGUCGACGGUUUUGAGACUUACAGAUUAACCCAUCUGAACUUCUAGAGAUUGUAAAGAAAAGGAAUGCUGAGCAGAAGAGGCGCAUGGAGAGAUGCUGUUUCUUCUACCAUGGAUCUGAAGGGCACUUUAGCGGUUUUAGUGCUUUUGCUUCUAUGCUUGUGUCCUGUUUUCAGCCAAGAGCUCAAUCCAAAGGGUAGGAACGUGUGCAAAAUUCCAGGGUCAACAGGGUUUACGUGUUGCAGCGGAUGGGCGCAGCAAGGCGAAGAGUGUUUAACACCUCUCUGUGAAGGCAACUUCACUUGUAAUGAAAACGAGGUGUGUGUCCGACCAAACGAAUGCCGCUGUCGUCAUGGAUAUUUUGGAGCAAGUUGUGACACAAAGUGUCCUGCUCAGUUCUGGGGUCCCGACUGCAAGGGCAUGUGUACGUGCCACCCUAAUGGUAAAUGCGACGACGUGACUGGGAAGUGCACGUGCUACCCAAACCGCUGGGGUGAGAACUGUGAGAAGCCCUGCAACUGUCAGAAAGGGAAAUGUGAUCAGGAGACGGGGAAAUGCACCUGCCAUGCCGGUUACUGGGGGCCGCAGUGCAACAACAAUUGCUACUGUAGCAUCAACUCAGUGUGCGACCAGAACACGGGCCGGUGCAUCUGCAACCCUGGCUGGUUUACCCGUAACUGCGGCACUCAGUGUGCGUGCAACAACUCGCCUUGUGAGCAGUUUACGGGCCGAUGUCAGUGCAGGGAGAGGCUCUGGGGUCAGCGCUGUGAACGGCACUGUCAGUGCGCCAACGGGAAGUGUAACCCUGUGGAUGGAUCGUGUACCUGUAAACCCGGAUACAGAGGAAAGCUAUGCCGGGAGCCGUGUCCAGCUGGGUUCUAUGGACAGAACUGCAGAAUCAAGUGUGGCCACUGUAAAGGCCAGCAGCCCUGUAAGGUGACGGAGGGUCACUGUGAAACGUGUGAGAGCGGCUGGAAUGGGACAAAAUGUGAUCAGAUGUGUAAGGAGGGUUACUUCGGAGAGAACUGUAAGGAUCAGUGUCCGCCAUGCAAAGACGGUCACUACUGCAACCGCAUCAACGGGAAGUGUUCCCACUGCAAUCCCGGCUGGAUUGGAGAUCGCUGUGAGGUGCGCUGUCCUAACGGCACCUAUGGAGAAAACUGUGAAAAGGACUGCAGCCAUUGUUUUAAUGGAGACUGCCAUUUUGCCACAGGAGAGUGUCUCUGUGACCCUGGCUUCUAUGGGACAUACUGCAACCUGACCUGCGAGUUCGGUCAGUUCGGAGUGAACUGCGCCCAGGACUGUCCAUGUCACGACAGGAACUGCAACCCAGUGUCAGGAGCCUGCAACUUAUAUCCUAAUCAGCGGAUGGGAGUAAUAGCUGCGGGAACACUGGUGACGUUCCUGCUGGUGGUUCUUCUCUCUCUGCUGUGCUGCUGCUUUCUCUGUAGCAACAAAAACAACCGCAACCCUGACCAGGAAAACUCCACCAACAGCAAGAAGGCCAAAAUAAUCCUCUGCGGCGGAUUCAGUCGAAUCAGCACCAAACUCCCCAGAAUCCCUCUGAGGAGACAGAAAUUACCCAAAGUUGUUGUCACCCACCACGAUCCUGAGAACACCACCUUCAACAGUAUUAUCGAGCCGCCCUCCGUGGUGGACCAGCCUUCUCCGUCAUGGUCGUCCCAGGAGUCCUUCUCUUCUUUUGAGACGAGUGAAGAUGGGCCUGUUUACUGCGUACCCCACGAAGAGACUACGAAUGAGUGCUGUGACAAGCAAAACUCUAGCACUGUUCAAGAAAUACCACUAACCCCCAAUGACGAUGACGCAGGAGAGUACACAUCCCUCAAAGACACAACGAAGCAGUACGUUAACGAUGGGAGCGAGCAGCCACUCCUGAAGUCUUCAGACAGCGAGGGCUCCACCAGUGGUUCUGAGUCAACCAUAGGAGCCGUUUACGCCCAUGUCGCCCGCCUUUCCAAAUACUCCAAAGAGGAGGAGGACAACACUUCACCGGAGAAGACAAAAGAGAAGACGAAACCUCGUCCUCCAGACCCUUCCACCAAACCAAAGGUGUCCUGGAUCCAUGGAACAUCUGCAACCAACCCAACAGAGCAAAGCCAGACUCCGUCACCGCAAAAAGAGAAAAGAAAGAACGACUCGGAAAGUUCUGGAAAGUUGGAUGAGAAGCAGCGACCAAAGGAGAAGUCAAGCAAGAACCGUGAAAAGCACCAGGACAGUAAGAAAGCAGAUGGACCCGAAUCACCAAGCAAAAGCAGAUCUCAAAAAGCUUCGGAGACCAUCGAGCACCUCAACGGGACAUUCCAGAACGCCCUGAAGAAGAUCGGAAACUUCCACUCGGAUAAGAAAACAAACGACACCAACAAAGAUCCACCCAAGAGCCCAAAGAUCAUGCAUCCGCACAUGAACUCUGAGGCCGCCACGCUACUCGCGGCUCAGCUGAAGGAAAAGACCCAAAGCCUUAACCGGAACGAGGGUCUCACGGUGGGCAUCAGACCCAACGGUGUAUCAACACCUCAAGCCAACCGAGAGAAACCCACCCCACCUCAAAAGACCAAGCGCUCUGCAACUGGGACCAACAAGCCCCUUCUUCCCACCUCCAGCAACCUCCAGAAGAUGGUGGCUCCCAUUUCAGACUCUACACCUGAACCUAAAAGCCCAGGGGUUAAUGGGACCAAAGUUGAAGGAGACGCCACACCAAAGAAAACACCCAUCAAAAAACCACCGAGAAAGAAAGGAAAGGAGGGAACACUGGAGACGGAAGGCAAAACCACUCCAAAGACGGCCAUUAUGCCACCUCAGAUUGUCAAAUAGAUCUUUGAUCGCAUUGGUGCGUAUAUUUUUGAGAACAGUUUUUCAUUCAUUAAACAUUAUAUAGGAAUUGGAUGGAUUUUUUUUAUGGACGAGCUGCUUAUAGGAUUUAAUAUUUUGAAGGAAUGUGGUUCUCGCUAACUCUUUAAAGACCUGGAAGCGAAAACAACGUCGGUUGUACAGUAUUAAAAAGGAAGAGUAAAUGAAUUUGAUGUAAUAAGCUCAUUUUGUAUGCUCUUGGUUUUACAUAUGCAUUACUCCAUGUUCAAAGAGAGAUUUUCCAAUGCUAUUGUUUUUUGUGUCUGAAAGGUUGUAUUUAGCACUGUAUUCCUAGGUGUAAAGAUUGAACCAAAGGUACUUUAAAAGGUACAGAAAGAAUGAUUCCAAUAUUAAUUUCUCUCAGGCCUUAUCAGUAUAUUCAAUAUCUUGUAAAUGAUGUAAUGAAGGAAAUUGUCUGCUUGGUUUCUAGGUCAUUUGGUUCACAUUCAUCACGUACAUCAAUACUUCACCUAGCAUCAUGCUUUUUAAGCUUAAAAUGAUAUUUCUUGCAAAAUAUCUGUUCUUGCUGUUGAAGCUUAACAUCAGUUUUCCCCUUUCCCAUACAGUACCCAUAAUUGGUAAUGCAUUUUUUUUUCAGGCCAGAUAACGUGACUGAAAGAACCCCAUCAUUUUUUUUUAUAUAUGUUUUGCCGGGUUCAAGCGCUUUAAGGCAUUUAAGCACAUAUGAAAAAAAUAUAUUAUUUAACAAGCCUUAAACAACCUAAAUCUAGAAAUACUGUUUUUUAA